AUGUUGCUCGACAAGAUGGCGACCAACAUUUCGGGGAUUCCGGUUGUUGACUUCAGCGCGAUGAGUUUGCAAAACGAGAGUUCCGUGAGAGAAGAUAGUGAUGCUGUGAACCAGUUGGCUGAUCAUGUUCAUCAAGCUUUUAGCACGAUUGGAUUUGUGUAUCUCAAAAACCAUGGAAUUCCACAAGAAAAGGUAGCCUGCAAACACGUAUAUAAUUUACAGAUAACUGUACUGUCUUAUUUAUGUUUUACUAAACCAAAUAGAUAAAAACCCGGGGGCACUCCCCUCUAUGAGGCCAAUAGGUCAGGGUAGGGUUUUUGCGCCUUUUCGGUCUGAAAACGCUUAUAUUACCUAUUGGGUAUCCGUAUGGUUUUCGACCCGGCCGCGGGCCCAAUCGAUGAAUUUCGAUAAUCGAUAAAAUCGAUGGCAAAUUGAGUUUAGUCGAUAGUAUUAGGUAGUAUUAAUAUCGGAAGUCGAUGAAAAUCGAAGAUCAAAAGAGUGUUGAGUUUCGAUUUUCAUCGACUUGAUCAAUUUUUAUUGAUUAUAUUGAUUGUCAAUGUACAUUUAGCCUGCGAACGGCAGACGUUUCUCCUCGUUCAUCACCGUUGAGGGAUGUUUCCUGAGGAGCAACGUCUGCGACUCAGCGACAGAAAUUCCAUACUGAUGACGCAAAAUCUGUCCGGAAUCCAGUAAGAAGCGCUAAUUGGUCGAAGGAGUAGUUUCAUUGUUUUAGCUAUUGUUUACAAAUGACAGACAAAAGACAAAAGGCUGCAAAGGUCAAAUGUAACGGCAAUUUAAUCUCUAAAAAAAUAGUCAAUAUUUGUGGAAUAUAGUAUUCUCUAGAAGUAACAUUUGAGUUUUGCUAGAGCUCAUUCGCAGAUGAACACAACACUUGUCCAAAAUUGACCAGGAGAAACAUAACAUUCAACAAAUUUGCAUUUGGAACCCCAUGACUACCGCAUUUAUUAUGUAAACAUUGAUUUACGUCAUCAGUAUGAAAUUUCUCCCGCUGAGUUGCAGACGUCCCUCCUCGCGAAACGUCCCUCAGCGGCGAUGAGCAAGGAGAAACGUCUGUCGUUUGCAGGCUAUUGUCAAUGAGGAAACCAGUCGUUUCGAUACAAGUUGUUAACUUCAAGUACAUAGUUUGCGCGUGAACAAGAAAAACAUUUUGGGUGAAUAUUAUUCGUUCCUUAAGCCAAGUUUGUGGUACCACUAUUACACCUCCACUGAAUAAACUUGUAUCAAAACUACCAGUAACCGUCAUUAUGGUAAUCGAUUAAUAAUGGUUUCAGACACAUCUGAGCUACGCAUAAAUUACUGAGAGUCUUACCUACUGUAAUUUUUUUCUCUUCGUAAAAAGAGACUUGUCAUUCAAUUGCUGCUUUUCCUCUAAAUGUGUCAAAGUACAAAAAACUUGAAAGUGUGUUGAAAACUUUCUUAUAAAAGUCUGGAGCGUUCAUUUCACAAGUCAUUAGACAACUCACAAUACUUAAACAAGACUGACUUGAGUCCAAGCGAACGGAUGCGCAGAAUGAAUUACUGGAAAUGUGUUUUGAAUUUCCCUUCAACCUGAUAGGUAAAUUGGCAAAGGCUUUUUUACAGUGUGACUACUAUAACUGGGGCCACCUUGACAAUGUUAACCAAUAGGAUUACAGGAAAAUAACAAUACAUUCCGAGCAAGUCAUCUUUACCACCAAAUGAAAUAAACAAUAUGGAUCGAAAUAAACCAAUUACAACCUACUGAGUCAGAUGUGACCUUACCUGCUGAAGAAAGCCUCUGUUUCCUGAGAGUUCCAUUAGAGUAAAUGAUGGAGGUGGAAAACAAACACUAGUUAUAUUUUGACUUGAAGGCGCAUGUUAAUGCAAAGCCCAGCAGUUGUGGCAAGGAAAUUGCUUGUAGAUGAAAGAAUAACAGCUUGUUUCAAACAAAUGUGUCUCCAGGGUGUUGUAUUUAAAGUUUCAUAUAGAAAAAAAAAAUAGUCUGGUGAAACAUUCUGCCUUCUUAAAAAAUAUUUGCGGUCAACAUUUAAAUUUUGUGCUUUGAGUGAGUUAUUGUUUUUUUAUGCUGCGGAUUGGCCCACAACCAACUUUCUCGGAAUGUAUUGUUUUUUUUUUCCUGUAAUACAAUCAGUUAUGGUUCAGUCCUUUAGUUUACAAAAAUUACUUUUUAAAGUGAAACAAAGUCUUUCUAUGAGCCUACUGGUUCAAUAAAUGGGGUUUUUUUAUUCCAUUUACUAACUAGAGUUUGUUAGAGUUUGUUUGUUUGUUUGUUUUUGCAGCAUUAAUAUUGUGUGAUAACAGUGAUUUUAGAUAACUAUUUUGCACAAACUUGAUUUGUUUCAAAAUUAUGUAUAUUUUACUUUACAGAUUGAUUCUGUUUUUGAGACAUAUGAUACCUUUUUUAACUUACAUGUUCAAGUGAAAGAAAAGUAUGCAAAGAAAGAAGGUACUUCUCCAAAUGGCUGGGACGCAAUUGAAAGAGAGAGGUGGGUGAACAUGAGACUGUUAACUUAGUAAGCCUUUUGUGGACUAUCUCAGCAGGGGUUUUCAUUAAACAGUUCUAAAGGGUGGAAUGACCAGGUGUCUCUCUCAUUUAGGGGUGUCUGCUAUGAUUAUUAGAGAGGGCUUUUUGCUGGAUUGAAAAAGUCUCUAGUGGGCAUUUAUAUAUUUAUCCAGGAGUCUCCUAGUCUCCCAUACAGGUCACCUAAUCUCACAGAUGAAAUAGACUUUUAAACUUUUCUGUGGAAUAUUUAGUUUGGAAAUUAUCUCGUUUUCUCCCAAAAUUCAAAACAUCAUUUGAUUCCUUUUCUGGGGGAUUUAUGCACGUCAAAGUUUCUUCUACAUGUUCCGAAUUUUGAUGGUCUGUACUGUAUGUAAGACUUCUAAUAGUGUCUUAAGUCACACCCAUGGUAUAAUUUGGGGACACAAUUGAGUUGUGUCGGGGGUUGUUUAAUGGUUGAGAGCUUGCAAGGGAGAGCAAGGGGGUGGUGGAAUGCAGAAGAGAGAGUUUCAAGAUUUUAGAUCUCCAGAGGUUUUCAUCCCCUGGCAUUAUGAUAGAAAUCCUCAUGGGUCAAAUAUAUUUGGUACAGACCCCACAGGGAAAGCUGCUUCACCAACAUAAUAAUUUGUAGAAACUCUGCCAGAGACAACAAUGAUGUGGUAGAAAUUAUAGGCAUCUAUAGGCAUUAUUUUGUCAACACAAGAACAAGUAAAAGUACAUAGUGGUGACAGUUGUUUAAAGGGCUGAAGAAAGAUAUUGCUGUCCUUUAAAAGCUCUGUUUUUAUGAGGGAAAUGGUUCUCAAAGUCAAAAUUAAUGGUUGUUACAUUGUAAGUCCAGACAAACUUUAUUGUGACCAGAAGAUUCUGAUUGUUUCUGCUGUGUAUGCAUGUAGCUUCCCAUUAGGCCCUGUUAGGCUAAAAUUCUGACAAGAAACAGGGCCUUGACAUAGGAAAGCAGAAAUGGCAUCAAGCGACACAAAGAUGGGUUGAAAGUGUGACAGCCACAGAGAAAAGCGCAAACAAAAGUAAAAUACCGACAGCAACAUGGUUUCCUCCUCAAUAAGCAAAACGACAGGCUUUGAAAUCCAGACGAGGGACAUAGGUAAAAGCGCAAACAAAAGUAAAAUACCGACAGCAACAUGGUUUCCUCCUCAAUAAGCAAAACGACAGGCUUUGAAAUCCAGACGAGGGACAUAGGUACCCAACCCCCCCGGGGGGGGGGGGGGGACCCAAGCGGGCCUACAAUAGCUUCCCUCCUUUUGUUUACUGGCACUGCUAUUCAUAGUUUAUGAGCAAUACUGUAUUGCCAACAAAGGAUCACACAUUUUUUAAUUAACCCAUUGCUUUCAUACAUGUAAAUAUUGAUGGUAAACCAUCCUCCCAAUACCCCGCCUGCUUAAAAUCUGGUUAGUAACAAUUGGCGGCAUACUGCAGGGGAAAUAAGUCUACUUUCCCUCUUGACCAAUGGCCAAACCAAACAGACUUUUAGAAAGUCUUUGUUCAUAACAUCAUUGUCUUCAUUCUUUUCAUAAAUCUAAAAUAUGUAAUAAAAUAAGGCGUCAAUAGAUGGCUGUGAGAAGCGUUGUAGGUGGCAAUAGAGCUCUGUUUGCCAGCUUUCGUUGAAAUCCCUGUGUUCGCCAUGGUAAAGUACUGGAUUUAUUUGAUUAAACAUCACUCUCAAUUAACCACUGCCAAUGGAAGCAAAAUUACCAAACAAAGCUUCCCUUGAAUGAAUGCCGCACACAAUUGAAAGAAUGUGGCCUUUAUUUGAGGUGGUCAGCUUGGUAAUUUACAACAUCCAGACAUGUAUGAUUCUAUCUUAGCAAAAUGAGAGACAUUGGAACCUUUAAAUUACGUAAUAUUUUCAAACGAUUUACACUGUAAAGUUCUGUUGUCAGUAAUUUUAAAAUUAAACUUCGCCCUUGAGUAAACUCUGUGGUGUUUAACAGAAUAAAUAUGGUAUUUGUUUAAUACAUAUGCCUUUCUGUUUUAUUGGUUUUCUAUUUUACCUGUUAUGUGAAUACUUUGACAGUGCAAAUUGUCCUGUUUUUGUUUUUUUUUUUUAUCUGGUAGCACUAACCCUGACAGGCCUGGUGAUCUUAAAGAAUCAUUUGAUGUGGGAGCUGUCUAUGAUGAAAAUUUUGUAAGUUAGUGGCAGUUGUUAAUCUAGAACAGAAUAAAAUUGAAAAACAAGUUAAUCAGGUUUUGUUCAGCUCACAUAUUUAUUAUUAUAUUAUUAUACAUUGUACUCACUAUCUGUCUUCUCAGUGGCUAAGAGCUACAGCUAAUUUUGGAAAUCAGUGAUACCUACAGAUUAGUUAGUUAUCUGCUAGCAGAUAACUGACUAAUCUGACUAAGUUUUUUGACGAAGGUUGCAACACCUGAAAUCUACCUGAAAGAUCUAACUGAUUCAAGUGUGUGUAUGGGACCAAAGACCUCUUUCAUAAUGGUGGCCUAUUAAUAUAUCCUUUUAUAUAAUGAUAAUUAGCCUUCCCUUCAGAUGAUUUUCCAUAUAAUUUUACCCUCAAUAACUCAAACUUUUUUCUAUUUCCCUUGAAGGUUCGAAAUUAUCGGGACUCUACGGUGAUUAUUACUGGACAUGAUUAUUAAUAUUGUUAAUAUCAUUUGUUAAUUGAUUAAUGCCUCUUUGUUACAGAACUGGCCUAAUACUGAUGUGCCAAACUUUCAAGCCAAUGUGAUGUCUAUUUAUAAAUGUUUAUCAGACCUUGCUCUAAGGGUGCUGUCUGUGAUGGCUGUUGGCCUUGGAUUGGUAAGAAAAACAACGAAUAGCAAAAGCUUUCACAGUUUUUCUUACCUCUGUGUUUUUCUCUUGCAAUUAACCAUCGCUUGAAAGCUCACUUUGUUGAAAAUGGCUUUGUAUGUGUAUCAAAGUAUUUUCAUCAGCAAUUCUUGUAUAGGCCACAAUGUGGUUAAAAGAGACAACAUAUUUGUUCCCUCUUGCUUUGUGUCAAAUCAUCUAUGCAGCUAUUUUGCAGGCUUGUCCCUCUCUCUGAACUCACCUCGCAACCAAAACACUUCACAGCAUGGAUUUCUACAUUACAUUUAGUGACCCCCCAUAUAAAAUUCUAGCUAUGCCCUAGUCAUUAAUUAAUUCAUGUAUAUACAUAUGUGACUUAGUACUGUAUUUUCUUGAAUGUAUAAGCCUGAGAAAGCAGCUGACAUUUCCGAACACCACCAACCGUUUUCCUUAUGAAAUGACGACCAAGGAACAGUCACAGAAAUUCCAUACUGAUGACAUGUCCCGGCCUCUCAGAUCUGGGUAGUGUUUCUGACUGGUUGAAGCAAACUGUCAGCUGUUUUUUCAGGCUAUAGAUGUAAAAGCCACCCUUCAAAAAUGUGGUUUUCACAAACAGUAAAUGAACAUGGAAUGAUGAAAAAGUGAUUGAUUUUCCUCUUUUUAAAACAGAACCCAGAUGCAUUUGCCUAUGCCUAUGAAAAGAGGGGAACAUUGUUAGGAGGGACUCAGUUAAGGUAUAAUUUCUACCCCAUGAUAACAGAUAUUACCAAAGUCAAGCCAGGUCAGAUUCGCUGUGGGGAACACACGGAUUAUGGUGGGAUUACACUACUGAUUCAAGAUGAAGUUGGUGGACUGGAGGUGAGAAUGUUACAAUGCUUUUAACCCUUAGCCUGUUCCAGGCAUUCAGAUAGUGGGGUGAGGCGCAAAGUCAGAGAGAGAGGAGGAAAAAUAAGGAGAUCUCCUUCCCCACCCCAAUCCAUCGCUAUUUUUUUCUCCUCACAUCUCUUGGUGCCGUGCCCACGAUCUGAACACCAGGAACAGGCUGUUUUAACCUUUGUUUUAACCUUUGUUUAAGCUUUGUUUUUCUAACUAAAAAAUAACAUGUACCAAGGAAGGUUGUACAUCUUUCUCUAACUUACUAGAAAGCCGAGAGGCCAGUUUUCUUAAGAAGGCAUUUUGGUUUCAUUUAGGUUACUAAUAUUGAAGGACAGUUUGUGCCUGCCAGACCCAUGAAAGGAACAGUACUGGUGAAUGUUGCAGAUUUGAUGGAGAGAUGGACUGCAGAUAAACUCAAAUCAACGGUAGGUAAUUUGAACUGCUCCUCAAGCUCAUCAUUUUGUUUGUUCGUUUGCUUUCGAGGGUGAAAACGGGCAAAAGAGUAUUGAGCAGCUCGUUGAUAUUAAAUACGUCUUCCUUUAUCCCCAGAAUUACGAGUUUCUUUUUGUUCAAAAAGUCAUGGCGCUCGAAACAAGUUGGCGCCGACAAGUCCGCAUCUUCUGUUUCCAGACUCUUAAAAGACUUUUGAAGUUAACUGUCAAUGAACACUGGAUUUAGCAUUAAACUAUGAACAUUGAAUAUGACGACCGUAGCUUUAAAGUACUUAGCUUAAGUGCAAAUUUAUCUCGUUUUACUCUGGUCAAGGUUUGAACAAGCUCUAAGGGCUCUUAGGACGUAAAUGUACAUUAUCUUCCCUUAUUUUAUUCACUCGCUUUGUUUGAGCUCUGGGCAAUGUAUUGUGACUAAUUGUAGCAUUCUACAACUUCACAUAGUAAAAGCUUGUAUCUUGUAGCACAAAUACGUAAGAACAAUACUGACCGAGGAAAUGCCUGGUUUCUACUGAGAAGAAUUUUAAAAGCAUGUUUGCAUUGACAGUUGCGAUUACAUCGAGACUUUCCCCGUGGAAUAAGGCCGUUCGCUCUAGCAAAAUAAAACUGCGUCAGUAGCCACUUUUUCUCGAGAUAAGCUAAUGGCCUUACCCUGGCAAACAACAAUCACGAAAGCUACCGAAAAUAUGUGUCCUGAAGUUUCUGCAUCCAACAAUCACUAAUCAAUAAAUUCCUUGCGUAAAAGACUGCGAGCGGUGAGUCGCGCGGGAAACAAGUAUAUAGCCAAACUGGAACCAAAAAAUCUUUGCAAGCGGUCAACAUUGGCCGAUUCUUGGUGCUCUUACGUCAUAGAUUUAUUGUUGCCCACUCUGAGACUUUUGGCGGGAAACAGUUUUAUUGUCAGACGUCAGAUGACCUUGAAGUAAAAAAUGAGGCAGCGCAUUAUUGGGAAAAAUGCCAGCAAUCCCAGCUAUAUAACAUUAAUGUUUCGAAACAGUUUUUUCAAGCAGCAUUGGCCUUACUAGUUACUCUUCAUUAUUUAUACAGGUUCAUCGUGUGCUUAUACCGGAAGAUGAAAUCAGGCGACGUGUUCCACGACGCUCCUUAGUGUUUUUUGUUGAUCCUGAUCACGAGGCAGUUAUUACCUGUCUGGACGGCUCUAAUAAAUAUCCACCAAUCACAUCAAAGGAUUGGAUUAGCAAGAAACUUGAAGAAACAUAUAAAUAUUGA